AGGGAACUUUUGUUCCAACAUAAUUCCCUGCAGGGUUGCCAAGGUCUUUUAGGUUGGAAUUCUCUUUCUCUAGCCUGUUAAUCCACGGCUCGGUGCAGAAAAUAACAUGGGAAACAACUUUCUCAUAUGGAUUCUUUUGCUUUGCACGUUUCGUUCAGUGUCAGGUGAAGGCUGCUCCCUAAUCCUCAAGCCGUCCAGGGUUGUGGUGGGCUUUGGGGAGUCAGUGUCUGUCAGCUGCGAGGCUGCACGCCCUGUCCGUGUCCUGGGCUGGGAAUCAGCCAUCAGUGCUUCACACACACAAGAGGACCGGUCUGUCCAGUGGAAAGUGGACAGUCUCAUUGAUUGGAUAGAGGAGCCCAUCUGUUAUGGGGUGUUUUUCACAGCUCCGAAACAAUGCGAGGAGAAGCUCAACCUCGUGCUCUACAAAACUCCAGACAGCGUCUCCAUCAGACAGGUGAACCACACCGGCCCCAUGGUGGCAGGGAAAGAGUACCAGCUGCUCUGCGAGGUUCAGAAUAUUGCUCCCGUUCAGUAUCUCAGCCUGAGGUGGUACAGAGGGCAGACUGAGGUUUAUAACCACUCCUUCUCUGAUCUCACCUCUUCCUCACCUGUCCAAGUAUCCUCUAUCCUUGUUAUCACACCAACUAAAGCUGAGAAUGGAGUGCAGUAUAAAUGUGUAGCAGAGCUGGAGCUUGGGCCAGAGGGACCACAGCCACCUCCCACUGUUUCCUCAGAACCUCUCAAUGCUUCUGUUUAUUUUCCCCCGACAUUCCUGAGUCCUGAACCAGAGAUUUUGGAUUCUAUACCGGGUGAUGAGCUCAUAUUAAACUGCACUGCAACAGGAAACCCCACCCCAAUAUACAGUUGGCAAUCCUCCGUUCCCAUGCAGGAGAGGGCGGAGAAUGAAGCAACUGUUACCUCGUCCUCACUGCUCCCAGGGACCUACACCUGCACUGCAUCCAAUACACUGGAAAAGAAAAGCAAGCAGUUCAUUGUCAAGGCAAAGACCAAAGGUGUUUGAAACAACCACUGAUGAGAUGGGAUCAGACAACCACAUCAGAAACACAGCAAGAAGUUUAUCUUUUAUAUAGUUUUUUUUCUGUAUUUUUGGUUUUGGUUUUGGUUUUUUACUUUCACAUUUGCUGCUCUGGCGAUGGAGGUGGAUAUUUAUGAGACGAUCCUGUUAUCAUCUAGAAUUAGUUCACACAGAGAAACAGACCUGAAUAUACUGUGCUUGGUAAUUACCAUUUAAUUUGUCAGUGUUGUUUUAGGAUGUAGUUCACAUUUUAUGAGACAUUCUGUGUCUAA